GCCUUCCGCCUGUACAGGAGGCUGGCCUUGAAGGACCCACAUCAGAACAUCUUCUUCUCUCCUGUGACUAUCUCGACGGCCCUGGCCAUGCUCUCCCUGGGGGCCAGAUCUGACACCAAGACCCAGAUUCUCCAAGGCCUGGGCUUCAACCUCAAGAAGACCCCAGAAUCCAGCAUCCACCGGGGUUUCCAACUGCUUGUCUGUUCUCUUAAUAUCUCCAGCAAAGACCUGGAAUUGAAUGGCAACGCACUCUUCGUCAAAAAGGAGCUACAGGUACAGACUCAAUUCUUGAGCAACACCCAGAGGCUGUAUGAGUCUAAAGUCUUUCCUACAGAUUUCUCCAACCUCUCUGGGGCCCAGAAGCGUAUCAAUCACUAUGUGGAGAAGGAAACCAGAGGGAAAAUUGUGGACUUGAUCCAAGGCCUUGAUCGUAACACGGCCAUAGUCCUGGUGAACCAUAUUUUCUUUAAAGGCACAGCCAAGGCUACCCACAAGGCUGUGCUGGAUGUCAGCGAGGUGGGCACAGAGGCCGCAGCGGCCACCGAAACCAAGCUCCCGGUCCGGGCCAAGGAGAAACCCUUCACGCCCCUCAGUUUCAAUAGACCCUUUUUCAUGCUGAUCUUGCCUGGAGACUCCAACAACCUCCUCUUCAUUGGGAAAGUGGACGAUCCCACUAAACCUUAG